AUGAUCUUCUCCAGCGUUGCUCUGGUCCUGGCCAGCCAGCUGGUGGCCAAGGCUGCCGCUUCCCCGGCUACCUCUGUCAGCAAGCGCUCGCCGCUGGGCAUCAGCCUACCCCCUCUGAUUCCCUCUAUUCCCGGCGUGACGGAGCCCCUGGUUGACUUGGCGCCGCCUCUGCCUAUUCUGCAGAUUCCGACGCCACCGCUCGACAGCCCGGCGUUUGAGACCAAGGACAUCAAGCCCAAGAAGAUUGGCUACAUCUGGACCGGUGCCGGUGACAACCACCACAAAGAUUUCCUGACGGCCAUCAGUCUUGAUGAUGACACAUUCGGAGAGAUUAUCCACAUUGCGGAUGUGCCCACCAGUGGCAACUCGCCUCAUCAUCUUGGAACCUCCCUGGAUGGCAAGACCCUCGUCGGUGGUGGUCUCCUGUCGCUGCUAAAGACGCAGGAUACCGCGUUUUACUGGGACUCGAGCGAUCCUUACCACCCCAAGUUCUCUCACAGCAACAGAGCCCUGCUCAGCUCCAUCACUGAUGAGAUCCGUGCCAAGCCCGAGGGUGGUUUCCUGAUUACCUACAUGGGAAGUGCGCUUGGAACUUCUCCCGGUCGCCUGGUCGAGACCGAUGCCAAGGGCAACAUUAUCCACGAGUGGCCCGAGGACGUUGACGGCACGCUCAACAUUCUUGGAGAGCAGUUCAGCCCUCACGGCCUGAGUGUCGACUUUGAGAAGAACCUCAUCCUCACCUCUGACUUUGUCGUCCCGCUCAGCAUUCUGAAGCCCGUCUCUGCUCUGGGCAUUCAAAAGGCCAACACUCUGCGUCUGUGGACUCUGAACGAUCGCAAGAUUAUCUCCACCAUCACCAUCCCUGAUGGCCAAGGUAUUCAGGAUGUCAAGUUUAUCCCCGGUAACAAGGAGAGCGCUGCCCUCGCCACUGCUGUCAAGAAUGGCCAGGUCUGGAUCAUCUACCCUUUCCGCAAGGAUGCCAACGGCAAGCAGGGUGUCGCCGAGCUCCUCUACGAACUCGGCCCCAAGGCUAAGGAGUCGGUCGCCAUCUACUCGGACAUUUCCGACGACGGAAAGUUUGCCUAUUUUACCCUCACUGUCGGCAACCACGUCGCCGCUCUCGACAUCUCCGACCUCAACAACGUCAAGCGCCUCGACAACCCCGACGAGCAGCAGCCCAUCAUUGGUCCCCACUACGUCAAGAUUUCGCCCGACAAGAAGAACCUCCUCGUCUGCGGCUACUUUGUGCAGGCUGGCGAUAUUUCGGUCCUCAAUACCCCCGGUGACUACAAGGUCCACUGGAUUGACAUCCUCGACAACGGUGCUCUCAGCUUCAACCGCACUGUCGACUUUGAGACUAUCUUCACCCGCACUCGCGGCGGUGCUCGACCUCACAGCGCCGUCAUCUUUGAUCUUUCGGACCCCAACCACCCGAUCUACUACUAG